AUGGUUUAUGCCACACUUUUGAGUGAAGAAGAUUUAAGUCGUUUUCGAACGAAACAAUGUAAGAGAUUAUUAAAUGGAGGUUGUAAUUUUGGAUUGGAUAGAUGUCAAUAUAGUCACAAUGAAUUUUGGAAUAGGAGAUGUCCAUUUUAUUUAAGUGACUCAUCAUUUAUACGUUACAUUACUGUAAUGUGUCCUGAUGUAGAAACAAGGGGAGAUGGUUCUAUUAACAGUUUAUGUUUAAGAGGAGGAGAAUGUCCUUUUGCUCAUUCUACUGAAGAAAUAUUAUAUCAUCCACUUUUUUAUAAAACAAAAAGAUGUGAAGAUUAUAAAAAGGGAUCUUGUAAUACUUAUUAUUGUCCUUUUAUUCAUGGUUUGGCUGAGACGAGAGUCCCUGGUACUUACAAGUUGCCAUUCACAAACGGAAUUGACAUUCCUAAUAUUCCUAAUGUUAUUAUUGUUGAUAAGAUAGAUAUAUGUAGUAAAAAUAGUAGUGGUAUUAUAAACGAUAAAUAUAUGAAAAACAUGUCAUUUAAAAAGAGAAGCGACAACAUAAUACAACUAGAUCAUAUGAAUAAUGAUGAUAUGCAUUAUUGUAAUAAUAAAACAAAUAGUAUGAACUCGGCAAUUUAUGAUUCUAUGGAUACUAUAUCUAAUAAGAAUGAUAUGACUAAAAACGCUGUUGAUAAAUCUAAUCUGUCUUUUAAUAAUUCUGUAUUUAAUAAAGAUAGCUUUUUUAAUUUUUCAGAGGAAAAUAUAAAAAUGAAUAUGUUAAAAAAAAAUGGUGCUUUUGAACAUAUGAAUAAUAAUACCUACUCAAGAAAUAGCAUGAAAGAUUCGAUUAAUUCUUUUGGUUCAUUUGAAGCAAACAAUAUGGGUAAUAAUAAUAUGGGUAAUUCGAAAGGUAAUAUUUCAGGUGUUAUUGGUAAUAUGAAAAAUGAUAAUAUAAAAAAUGAUAAUAUAAAAAAUGAUAAUAUAAAAAAUGAUAAUAUGAGAAGUGAUAAUAUAAAAAAUGAUAAUAUAAAAAAUGAUAAUAUAAAAAAUGAUAAUAUAAAAAAUGAGAAUAUAAAAAAUGAGAAUACAAAAAAUGAGAAUAUGAAAAAUGAUUCUAUGAAUGGUAGUAUUAAUGGCAAAGGUGGGAAUAAUAAUCCUAACAAGAAUAAUAGUAAUAAUAAUAACAACAUUAAAAGUAACGAUAAUGAAAAUAACGAUAAUAAUAAUAAAAUGAAUAGACAAUCCAAUUGUUCAAAUGUGAAUUCCUGUAAUUAUAAUGAAUUUUUAUCAAGCAAAUUAAAUGAAGCUGUUUGUGGAUCAUAUCAAAAUAUGUGCAGUAAAAAUAUUUCACUUAGUACAAACAAUUCUACAAAUUAUAUAGACACAAUUAGUACCCCUAAUAAGAAUUAUAAUAAGAAUUUGAACAUAUUAAAACUUAAACAGAAUCAUUCAAGUUGUAGUACUGAUGCUCAUGAAAUAAAUUUCAAUGAGCAUGAAGCAACAAGUGAGGAUGCCAUAGAAGAAGAAGAAGAUGAUGAAUAUUUUAAUUCUGAGAAUAUUGAUUUAAGUGUAUCAAACCGAAAUAACGAAUUAGAAAGAAUUAGUAGUGAUACCAAAUUGUCAAAUGUAACAGUAGAAACAAAUUUAAAUAUUGAUAGAAAUAAUGAAAUCAAUUUAUUAGAAGUUAUUAAAUGUUUGAAGGGUUUAUGUGAAAAAAUAAUGAAGGGAGACUUAACAUUUACAUCUGAGCAAUGGGACAAUAUAGCACAAAUAACAUACGAAAUUGUAGCAGUUAUAGAAUUUAAUAGAGUUAUGAAACUCAAAAAAACAGCUAAUAAAAUAAAAAAUGAUAUAUAUAAUAAAAAUAAAGAUUUUAUUUUUCAUAUGGAAAAUAAAGAGUAUAAAAAGGAAAGGAACGAUACUGAAAUGGAAAAAGAAUUGUAUACAAACGAUAAGGAUAAAAUUGAAAAAACGGUUUGUACUAAUAUAGAUAAUUUAGUUGAAGAACAAAAUAGUAAUAUAAAUGGAUUAUCUUUAGAUGCCAAAUUAAAAAACUAUGAUGAGAUUUUUGAAAGACCCAAAAAUGAAAAAGGAAAUGAUAUAAAUACAUUAAAAUAUUCAUUAAAUGAAAAUAUAUAUAUUGAAAAAGACAAGAUUAAUAGUGUAAAUAAGGAUAAUUCAAUUUUGUUCUUAGAAAAUGAUGAAAAUAAUAAUAAUAUGUUAAAUAAAUUUAACUUUAACUUUAAUAAAAGAGAAGAACAUAUAUUUAACAAUUUAAAUGAACUUAUACAUAAUGAAGAUAAUGAAUUAGUACAUUUUUAUGAGGAACAAUUAGGAGAAAACUUUUUAGACGAAAAAAAUGAUUUAGAUAUUAUGUCAAUGAAACAAAAAUUUAUUCCAUCACAAAUUAAUAAAACAAAUAUAAUCAAUGAUAGUAAUGAUACCCAUGCUUUACAAAGUUUAAAGGAUUCCUGUUUUUUAGAAUAUUAUAAUAUAAAUAAAAGUAAUAACUUAAAUUUUAAAGAUAAAAAUGAUAACAACGAAAAAUUAUCCUCACAACAACCAUUUGUGUCUUUUUUCUCUUUCUUAUCAGAAUAA